AUGGAGUGUUUCCGCUGGCUGUGGGCCAAACCCGAGGUUUGCUGCCCGUUUGGCGCAGCCUUUUCAAGGAUCCUGGCUGAGGUCAAGGCAGCAGAAGAUGCCCCAAUGAGGGAGACACCUGUCUUCCUCAACGUUUACGAUGUGGCAGCCAGCGUGCAUUGGAUCAACAGCUUGUUUGCCAAUCACUACUCGCCGUUGAAGCUCGGCGGCGCCUUUCACGUCGCUGUACAAAUUGGCAAUGAGGAGUGGUCCUAUGGCUACAGGCAGCGCGGCACUGGGGUUUAUCGGAUGAUGCCGCGCUCGUUGCCGCACUACCGGGAAAGCGUCGAGCUGAUUCCGACAAAACUUUCGGAGCAGGAGAUUGCACGGCUUUACUAUUUUUUAGCGCAGCAGUGGCCUGGUUGCGAGUACAACCUCCUGCAACGCAACUGCUGCCAUUUCGCAAGCGAGGUGUCACUGCUGCUGGGCGCCGGAGAUCUGCCAGAGUGGACCUUCCGUUUUGCCGAUCUGGGUUGUGCUGCCGCUCAGGCCAUCGGCCUGCUCGAGACUUCCGCAGUGAUCUCUGGCAUCUGA